GUCGAGUACGGACGUUGCCUCGCGCUCUCCUUCAGUAUUAUAUACAGAUCAUUAUUUCCUCACCUCUCAGUUAUAGAGUCCCACUGUGUGAGCGGACGCAAGUAUAAGACUGUUGUGAACGGUCUAGCCGUGUGGCAUGUGUGUAGUGGUGCCGUGGAGAGCCCUAGGACUGGUGAUCCUUUAACUCCUGCGACGCUGGAGGAUUGUUUGAGUUAUCGAUGAUAAGUUCGUGUGAUGAUGUUCAUUGUGGGAGUGUGACGUGAUUUGACGGAAUGUGUUGGUGGCUAGCGUGGGCGGCGUUGGUGGGCGUGGCGUGGGCGUUCUGUCCCACUGGAUGUUCGUGCGACGACGACGGGCCCAGCGCCCGCUGCGUGGGCGUGGGAAUUAACGUCGUGCCUAUCCUCUUUAACCCGGGCCUUCGUCGCCUCAAUCUGGCGCAUAAUUCAAUCAGCUCCGUCGGUCAGUCUCUCGUGUUCUUCGACCAGCUGGAGGAGUUGGACUUCUCGCACAACAACCUGUCCGACCUGGGCGCCGGCAAUUUCCAGGUGCAGGUGAGGCUGCGGGAGCUGCGCCUCGGUCACAACAACCUGUCGUCCCUGGACGCCGGGGCCCUCAGGGGCCUGUCGUCGCUGACGCUACUGGACCUGAGCCAUAACAUCUUGCCGGAGCUGCCGGCCGCGGCCCUCCUGGAUGUGAAGGGCCUCAAGGUGCUCCUGCUGGCGCACAACAAGCUCCACACGCUUCCUCUGCACUCCUUCCGCGGGUGUCAGGGCCUCCACGUGCUCGACCUGUGUGAUAACUACUUCAGACAUGUGCCCACGGCAGCCCUGGGCGACCUGAAGGUGCUGAAGGCGUUACAUCUCUGUCGCAACCGUCUGUCCCGCCUGGAACCCAACGCUUUCCACACGGAGGCCCUUGUGACGCUCUCACUCGAGACCAACAGCAUUGAAUUCGUCGCCGAUACUGCGUUCCAGCGCUUGCAAGGGCUCCUGAAGCUAAAUCUCAACGACAACUUAUUGCGAGAGGUGCCGACACUGGCCCUGGCAUCGCUCUUUAUGUUGGAUUCUCUCUACAUCAGCAGGAACAAACUAAAGAGCCUGGAAGGCGGUGCUUUCCGAAGCCUGGACCAGCUGACAUCGCUGGAGAUCUCCCGAUGUCCCCACCUGACGAUGCUGCACCCCGGGGCUCUCACCCAGUGUGUAAACCUGCGCAAGCUCACGCUCUCACACAACCCGCUGGUGAGACACCUUCCCCGAGGCUUCCUCACCUCCCUCCCACGCCUUCUCUCCCUCGACCUCCGCGCCAACGGCCUCCAGAGUCUGCCAGCGACGGAGGUCACGUGGAGGUCGCUAGCCAGCCUGGACCUGCGGGGCAACCCCAUGGUAUGCAACUGUUCCUUGAAGUGGCUGGCAGAGGUAUUGAGUGCCUCCAACACGUCCCUCACCGCUCCUGACCUCCAGUGCGCCGCCCCGCAGAAGGUCAGGGGACUAUACCUCUCCAG